GAGGCAAUGUGAGUAGGACCGGAAAGAGACUAGGGACGACUUCCGGAUGCGGGGACUCCGCCCUCUCGCUCCCGGAAGUAGAAAGGCCCGGCGUUUCCAUGGCGGCGUCCUGGGGGCAGGUGCUUGCUCUGGUGCUGGUGGCCGCACUGUGGGGUGGCACGCAGCCGCUGCUGAAGCGGGCCUCCGCCGGCCUGGAGCAAGUGCAUGAGCGGACAUGGGCCCGGCAGCUGUUGCAGGAGAUGAAGACUCUCUUCUUGAAUACUGAGUACCUGAUGCCAUUCCUCCUCAAUCAGAGUGGCUCCCUUCUCUACUACUUGACAUUGGCAUCAACAGAUCUGACGUUAGCUGUGCCCAUCUGUAACUCUCUGGCCAUCGUCUUCACACUGGCUGUUGGGAAGGUCCUUGGAGAGGAUGUUGGUGGAAAAGAAGCAGUGGCUGGCAUGGUGCUCACCAUCACAGGGAUCACACUGUGCAUCACAAGCUCGGUGAUGAAGACCCAGGGCCAACCACCCACCUCAUGAGUGGGCCAACCCCGACCUUCGGCUCUGCUGGGACACUCGGCACUGAGGUGCAGGCAGAAUGAUCCGCCGGCUUGCCUCUCUCAUCUCUCAGAUCACAUCUACCUCAGGGGUCACAAUGAAAAACAUACUCUCCAGAGUGCGUUUCCUGAAUAGCCAAGUCUGCACAGAAACCCAAACAAGACAAAGGGCGCACUGGGAAGGUUUUGUAACCUUUAGUGGGCUCCACUGUUGAGAUUUAGCACCGGAGCCAGGGGUGGUGGCACACUCCUUUAGUCCCAGCACUCAGGAGGCAGAGGCAAGCGGAUUUCUGAGUUUGAGGUCAGCCUGGUCUACAGAGUGAGUUCCAGCACAGCCAGGGCCACACAGAGAAACCCUGUCUUGAAAAACCAAUAAGAAAAAAAGCAUUAAAAGGACUUAGCACUGGAGACUACAGCCACCUCAGCCGCUUCUGCCCCAGCCACCAUCUUGUCUUCCUGCUGCCACCUCAGGCAGCUGUUACCCAGCCUCCAUUACCUGACCUGCUCUAGACUGUCAGCAUCUACAGUGCCUCCCGCUACAUGGAAAGGGCUCACUGGAGCCUCAACCAGGAAUGGCCAGAAGCCCCCACAGCUCCAUAAAGGUGCUUUGGCUGACUGAAGGUGGAAUUUGGGGACAGAGGUUACAUCAGAAUGUCAGAUGGAAGAAAAGGUGGCCCUGGGAAGAAUGCUCAACUGCCAGUCCCUCAAGGAGACAGCUGUGUGCCGAGCAGCACCUAGCUGCAGGCCAGUAGCAGCUUUCAAUAAAUUUACAGCAAACAAA